AUGUCCCACCGUGAAAACUCAAUUGCAGCUCUUAAUUUGCUCAUUGCUGCUUGCGACGCCGCCGUCUCUGCCAUCGACGCUGCCGACGGUAAUCUCGAUGACGACCUCAAAGAUCUCGAUCAGACCAGCCUCAACGUCAUCCACAAGGAUUUUUUGGCCCUGCUAUCGCUGCUCUAUGCAUCCACCACAAAAAUCGCGUUGUGCUUGAAACCCAGCUCACCGACUUACUCGGCGUCUAUCACUCCCCUCAAAGACCAAACAACACAUGUCGGCAACCUGUCGCAGAACGUCCGGCUCGUCCGCAAAGAACACGGUUUGACCCUACUCAACGAAUUUAAAUCUGUGGCGAAGACGGUCAUAAACCCCUUGAAACAAUUGGCCCAGGUUUUCCUGGACCAUGCAAACGGGGAAAAAGUGAACGAUGAUGCAUAUCUGUCCAAGACAGGUGAAGUUCACCACGCGAUCGACAAGGCUCGUUCUUCCCCAGGCGGCCUCUCUUCCAGCAAUCACAUCGCGGUCAAGAAGGCAUGGGGCCUGCAUCAAGGCUCCCUCAUUGACGCCAUGGACGAGUUGAAGGAAUUGUCCGAAUCAGAAGGGAGCCCUGGUUCUACUGACGACAUCGAUGAUGGCUGGGACGAGCUGGGGAUCGAUGCACCCUCUAAAAUGUCUGCUGAAGAAUUGGGUCGAUUGAAAAAGGUGGAACCCAUCAUCAAGCUGUCGACGCUCCUUCACAAAUACGUCGCAAAACGUUUACUCUCUGCACCCUAUGACUCCCUUCCAAUCCAAACCCAUCUCAACCCACUCCUAGAUUCCCUCGCAAAGGAUUCAGCUCUGUUCGCCGCUGCUGUCGACGACCUCGCGUCCACCGUCUAUGCGCCCCAGGACACCGAGGAAAUGUCCCUCCAGCUUCGCAACUUCACCGACUUCAUCGAAACCCUCUCCAGUCGUAUAACCUCCAUUCUUUCAUUACCGUCCGUAGGCGAGCUGCUGAAGGGAUCUGGGAAAGAGGCUUCAGCACAAAAAUGGUUUGAUACGUGCUUCGAUCAGUUGAACAAAUCUAUAAAGGAGUUGUCGGAUGUGCUACCAGAUCCCUAA